UAGAGAGGCUGGAGGCAAGGCUCCGCGGGCAGAGGGCCUCUCUGGGCUGUGUUUAUGCUCUUCCUGGUCUUCGCGGGGCGGCGAUGGGCGGCCGGGAGGAAGAUUUCAAGCCUUCGGCGCUGGGCACCCGAGAGCAUUGGGAUGCAGCAUAUGAAUGUGAACUAAAGAAUUUUGAAGAUAGUGGUGAUACUGGUGAGAUCUGGUUUGGUGAAGAAAGCAUGAGUCGUCUAAUUGGAUGGCUAGAAAACCAAAAAAUACCCUUGAACAGCUGUGUGCUUGACAUUGGAACAGGAAAUGGUGUUUUACUGGUUGAAUUGGCCAAGUCCGGUUAUACUAAUCUUGUAGGAAUUGACUACUCUUCUUCUGCAAUUCAACUUUCAAAAAAGAUAAUGGAAAAAGAAGGAUUGCCUCACGUUAAAUUGCAGGUAGAAGACAUUUUAAAUCCUUCAGAUGAAUUAUCAGGAUUUCAUGUUUGCAUUGACAAAGGGACUUUUGAUGCCAUAAGCCUGAAUCCGGACAAUGCAGGAUCGAAACGAAAGCAGUAUGUGAAAUCCCUGCAUAGGAUACUGAGACCAGGAGGCCUUUUUCUCAUAACCUCUUGUAAUUGGACCAAAGAGGAACUACUUAAUGAGUUUGGAGAAGGAUUUAUUCUUCUGGAGGAACUGCCUACAUCCACAUUCUGCUUUGGAGGAAGAACUGGGAACAAUGUAACCGUUUUGGUUUUCCAACAGAAAAUAUAAAUAUUUCUGCAUUGGGACUUUAUUGGCUUGAAGCCCCUGGUCCUAAAUUUUUAAUUUAAUUGACAAACACGAAAUAAUACAGAAAAAUAAUAUGAACAUACCAAUUGGAGCACUCCACAGUACAGUGGCCAAGCUAAAACAGGGCUAUUAAAUGAUCUAACUUAAUGAGAAGUUCACACAUGUCUUUCAGGUUCCUUUGUUGCAAAUGUAAUUGCAGGUAAGUUGUAUGAAGAAUGUACAGAAGGAAGAACUGAUUGACUGUUUUUCCAAGGAGAAUAUGAAGUGUAAGAUAUAUUUUGUUAUGGUAAAUGGUAACCUGUUCAAAAAAUAAAAAUUGAUGUCUAUGGAUUCUG